AUGCAAUGCAAGGCCAAUGAGCUGGAGCGGCGAAAUCAACGGUUCAUCGCAGCCCUUGCUAGGGCGGAUCCGACGUUCGACCCCGCGAAGCAAACCCUGAUGGCCUCUCAGACCAGUGUGAUGGCGGUGGGUCGUGUCAUAUGCGAUGCAGAGGCAGCAACAGCACGCCUCAACGAGUCUUCAGUGCUUCUGGAAGGAUGGAGGAAGGGGGGUGUGCUCGCAAGGGGGUGGAGGGGAGCUUUGUUUGUUGAAACGCCUAUUGCAGAGGCGGCAUCGGCGCGCAUCAACGAGUCCUCAGUGCUUCUGGAAGGAUGGGGCGUUCGGGUUCGGCUGGACUUGCGUCAUCUGCCGUCCUUCUCGCUCUUCCCAGGUCAGAUCCUGGCCGUUGAAGGCAGCAAUUCACACAUUCCCACUCCUGCGCUCCCACCACCCCACCCUCACAGCAUUGACCCGUGUCAGGGCGUGAGGGUGCGUCUGGACUUGCGCCAUCUGCCGUCCUUCUCGCUCUUCCCAGGGCAGAUCCUGGCCGUUGAAGGCAGCAACCCCAGCGGCUAUUGCCUCGUUGCUAAGCGGAUUGUUGCUGCCCUGCCGUACCAGCCCGUGCCGAGCCUGACAGGCUCGGGAGCGCAGGCUCGGCGGCGGCCGAAGCGGGCGAAAACGGAAGGGACUGGGGGGAGGAGGAAAGGAGAGAGAGAGGCGGAAAGGAGAGGGGAAGAGAAAGGGAGUGGAGAGAAGGGAGAGGAGAGAGGGAAGGCAGGGGGGGGAGGUGGGGAUGCGACAGGAAAGAAGGAAGAGGAAGGGAAGGUUAAGGAGGAGGGGGGUGGACGGAGAAAGGUGAAUAUGCUUCCGUUUGGGCUUGAGGAGGUGAUUGCGCUUGAUGAGAUAGAGGAGAUGAGGAAGCACGAUGGGGGGGAUGAGGGGGAGGCGAGCUGCGAAGGUGGGGAAGGGAGUAAGGUUGAUAGAGAGAAUGAGGUGGAAGGGGGGAAGGUGAAAGGCGAGGUGGGGGAGGAGGAGAAGAAGGAGGUUAAGUUUGAGGGUGAUGCUGAUAAGAAUACUGCUGAUGCUGAGGCUGGUUCUGGCGGUGAUGCUGGUGCUAUUGCUGGUGACGGUGGUGAUAAGGAUGGGGAGGGUGGAGUGGAGAAGGGGACAGAGGAGAAGGUGGGUGGUGAUGCUGCUGGUGGUGGUAACGUGGCUUCUGGCAGUGAUGCUGCUGAGGUGCAAGAGAGGGUGGAGGCUGGGACUGAGGGGAUGGAUACAGAAGGAGUCAGGGCGGUGGAGAGCGGUGCUGCUGGUGUAAAGGCCGAGGGUAAUGAGGAAGAGGAAGAGGACGAUGAUGAGAUGAGGAUUAUCGCGGCAGCAGGUCCCUUCACCACGAUUGACUCGUGGCGCCCACUGCCACCCACCCCCUCCUCCAGUUCCCUUUCCCUCUCUGGUGUACGCAUAUUGGCCCCUUUAUUGACAGAGAGCAUCCUGAUGCGCGGGACGGCUGUGUGUGUGGACCAGACCUAUGAGGCGCCCCCAUUCCCCCCUUCCUCUUCUCCCCCCCUCCCCGCUCCCCACCAUUCUGUGUUCCCCCCACUUGACCAGAUUGGCCCCUUUAUUGACAGAGAGCAUCCUGAUGCGCGGGACGGCUGUGUCGGCCCUUUCAUUGACCGAGAGCACCCUGAUGCACGGGACGGUUGUGUGGAGCACACCUACGAGGCGCUCUUUCAGCAGCACAUCCGCGCACAGGUGAAGAAGGGGGAUGGGCAGGUAGGGGGACAAAGGGGGAAAGCUAGGAGGACGAGAAAGCUGUGUCGACCACACCUACGAGGCGCUCUUUCAGCAGCACAUCCGCGCACAGGUGAAGAUGGAGAGGGAAGGGCAGGAGGAGCAGGAAGGAGACCGAGGCACCUGCAAGGUGCCGCUGCUCCCGUCACCGCUUCUGCUGCUGCUGCCAUCCUGACUAAUCUUUUCUUUCCUCUCCCCACUCCCUCUGCUCCCAUCGCUUUCUAUUCCCUGCUCUCUGCCUGCGUUCUCUGGUGGAGGAGCAUUGUGAGCGGGCAGGAGGCACCUGCAAGGUCUGCUGCCACCGCCACUGCUGCUGCUGCUGUUGCCCUGUAUGAGAUAUCCUUUUCUCUCCCCCCCUCUCAGGUGGAGGACUAUUGUGAGCAGGCAGGGGGCACGUGCAAGGUGGAAGAGUUUUGUGAGAGGGCAGGAGGCACCUGCAAGGUGCUCCUGCUGCCGUCACUCAGAGACGCACACCACACCAUGAUCUUUCCUCAGCCCCCCUUUGACUCAUCUGACUUUGAAGACCCGCGCAAGCAAGUUCUCAUGCUUGGGAACCCCUCUGAACUCCUUUACAUCUCUCUGUUUGGAACCCUCUUUCAUCUUUCCCCCUCUCUGCAUGUGAGCAGCCUCCCUUUGACUCAUCUGACUUUGAAGACCCACGUUGGCAUCGCCUGCUCGUCCACCGACAUCCUCCGCCACCUCAGCAAGGAGGAGAUCGCCCGCGUGGCGCCAGGAGACAGCGCCACGUCAGACCGCAUGUCCAGGCUGGCGGCGCACGUGAUUGGCCAGAGGAGCUUCUACCCGCUCUUCCCUCCCCCGCCCGCCACCUGUCUCGACCUCUCCUGCUGCCCCCAAGCCCUGGAUCUCCCAUUUGCUCCUCACCUCCUCUUCCUCCCAUCAGACCUUGUCCCUUUCGUGAAGGUAAGCCUUCCUUUGCCCUCACCCUCCUUCUCCACUUCUCUUCACUUCCUGUCUCUUGCUCUUCCCUCCCCCGCCCGCCACCUAUCUCGACCUCUCCUGCUUCCCCCAAGCCUUGGACCUCCCCUUUGCUCCUCACCUCCACUUCCUCCCAUCCGACCUCGUGCCCUUUGUCAAGGUGAGCCGUCUUCCUUCCUCAACAACUUCCCCUUUCACGCCACCUGUCUUGACCUCUCCUGCUGCCCCCUUGUAUCUUCCUUUCUCUCCUCACCUCCUCUUCCUCCCAUCCGACCUCGUCCCCUUUGUCAAGGUGAGCCCUCGUCCCUCCUCUUCUCUUCUCCCCCCUUUUCUCCCCUGCCACCUGUGUCGACCUCUCCUGCUGCCCCCAAGCCUUGGUCCUUCCGUUUGCACCUCACCUCCUCUUCCUUCCAUCUGACCUCGUCCCCUUUGUCAAGUGACACCUGCCUCGAUCUCUCUUGCCGCCCCCGAGUCCUCGAGCCUCCCUUUAUCCCUCACUUCCCCUUCGCCCCCCGCCUCCCUUUCGACCUGCACCUUCUGUUACUUCCAUCCAACCUCUCCCCUUCCGUGCCAUUGUUUCUUUUGUCUGCAGGGACAUUCGCGGAGGUGAUUAUCAAGGGGGGUUUAGGAGGCGAAGAGGAUGUGGCCCACUUCCAUGAACGAGCUGCUGUACAUAUCUAUCGAAUCUAG